AUGGAUCGACAGUUGCUGGAGAGAAGACCCGCAAUCCUCGUAGUUGGGUCGCCCAACGUUGGCAAACGAACCCUACUUUCAAGGUUACUUAGUAUAGAUUUUGAAGAUGCUCCUGAUCCGUUGCCUGAGUUAUCUCUCCAUGCAUGGACAAUCAACACAAAGUAUUAUUCAGCAGAUGUUUCGGUAUGGAUGGCUCGUCUUAGCGACACGUUAUCUGUUGUGAGCUCUCCAAUUGUCGAUCGAGCAGUUGCCUUGGUGAUGGUUUUUGACCUUACCGAUCUCUCAUCUCUUGCUGCUCUUAAAGAGUGGGUGGGCUGCACGGACAUCCAGAGGUUUGAUAUACUGCUAUGCAUCGGUAACAAGGUGGACCUUGUUCCCGAUCAUCCAGCUCAUAUGGAAUACAAGAGGCGCUUCAUGAGGCAAGAAGAAUCAUCUAAUGAUCCUUUUCUGGGGUUUACUGAGUAUGGGAUAUCCGAAACUGAAGGAAGUAGUCUGUUGGGAGUAGAAGAGACAAAUUUGGAACUUAAGAGGUCUUGCUUAGAAUGGUGUCUUGACCAUAAUAUCGAAUAUGUUGAGGCUUGCGCAUCCAAUGCUGAUUUUGACAAAUGCCUCUCUGUAGAAGGGGAUUCACAGGGUGUAGAGAGACUUUAUGGGGCGUUGUCAGCUCAUAUGUGGCCUGGAAUGUUGUUAAAAUCUGGUGAUAUAAUAAAUGAACCUUCACUACCCGACCAAGAAGAUUUGUCAGAAGAAGAAUCCGAUGAUUAUGAACAUGAGUAUGAGAAAUUAUCCUCUGGUUCAGCAGAACCAUGGGACGACGUGAGAUGGAUUUCUGCAGAUGGUUUUGCUUCCGCCUCAGGAACUAAUAUAAACUUAGAAAGAGAGAGUGAAGUUAAAUCAGCUGGAGAAGAAAACCACUCAUCCACAUCCCCUUCCAAAUUGGCAGAAGAGAUUGACCAAGAAAAAGCAAGUCUGGCCCAGGAAGCUGAAAUAACGUCAGAGGUAGAUGAAGAGAAUAAAUCUUAUGAUUUUGAGGAUUUGGAGAAGCUGAUGGCUGAGAUUGGUAACAUGCGAAAUGGCCUGAGAUUGAUGCCCGAUUUCCAGAGGAGGGAGAUGGCUGCAAAGCUGGCAAUGAAGAUGGCUGCAAUGUUUGGGGAUAGCAGUGGAGAUGAAGAGGAGGAUUUCCUUGAUGAGAGUAAGAAAGUAUAA